AUGGGAGGGAGACUCUGGGGAAGCCUCCUGGUAUUUCUGACCGGAGCUCAGAGAAAGAAAGUCUCAAACAGAACACCUCUGGGGUUUGAUCAGAACGACCCUUUCAAUGAGAGGCUGCAAAGUGUGGGACUGCUUGGCUCGCACUUCGGCAUGAUUGAUGUUCCUGCAACAUAUGCAAGUUGGUCUACAGAGGUCUUGAAACUAGCUGACAUGUACAAGGACUACAUAGUGCUCGGUGGCGGAACGGCAGGCCUCACAAUUGCCAGCAGGCUGGCUGAGAAACACACAGUCGCGGUCAUCGAGGCUGGCGGCUUCUAUGAGACCGAGAACUCGAACCUCACCGAGGUGCCGUCAAAUGACGUCCUUUAUUUGGGUAAGAAGCCGUUGUGGCAGAAUCCUUUUGUCGACUGGAACCAGUACACAACACCUCAAGCUGGCCUGAAUGGCGAGAGCGUGUUGUUCUCACAAGGCCAUACGCUGGGAGGCGGCAGCGCGCGAAACUUCAUGUGGUAUCAACGCGGCUGCGAGACCGUCUAUGAUCAGUGGGCGAAAUUGACCGGCGACGCCAGUUGGAGCUGGAAGAACUUCGAUCCCUUCAUGAAGAAAGCAGCGCAGUUCACACCAACGACGGCAGUUGUAGAUGUGCCAUCGAUUGGUGGUGCAAAAUCCGAGAAGACACCCAUGUGGGAUCUGAAGGACUGGGAUCCUCGAGGUGGCCCUCUACAGGUGGCUCACCCGGAAUUCCUGCAGCCGUCAGGCCGGCACAUUGUCGCUGGACUGUCCGAGCUGGGCUUCGAGCAGAAGCCAGGCAUGGUGAAUGGCGACAUCCUGGGAUGGACAAAUGCGGUGACGACCAUCGAUCCGAAAACUCGAACACGUUCAACCUCCUCGACCUCCUACCUGCGAGAUUCGAUGAGAAAGAAUUUCAACCUCCACGUCUUCACUCACACACUGGGAAAGAAGAUCCUCUUCGACUCUGACAAGAAAGCAUAUGGCGUCCAGCUCGAGACCUUUGGUGCGGGCUCCGGCAGCAAAUCCUUCUCACUCAACGCGACCAAUGAAAUUAUUGUCUCGGCAGGCGUGUUCCGCUCACCUCAGUUGCUCAUGGCCAGCGGCAUCGGACCCAAGGAGACCCUCGUCGCAAAUGGAAUCCAGGUCCUGAGCGACCUUCCUGGCGUUGGCCAGAACAUGAUGGACCACAUCUGGACAGGCAUAACGCAUGAAGUCAACGUACCAACCAUUGCCUAUCUCGGCGAUCCUGCCUUCGCGGCGGCGCAAACUGCCGAGUACAAUGCCCACCGUACUGGCAUGCACACCAACCCAGGUGGGACCAUCAUCUCCUUCGAGAAGCUGCCCAUUGGCACUAUCAGCGACUCCACACGUCAGGAUCUAGACGAGGCGUUUGGUGGCGACUGGCCGGACGUUGAGUAUUUUGCGAUCGGUGCUUAUACCUCGACCAACGACGACUACCUCUUAAGCGCUCCCGACGUCCGCAACUAUACCGCCAUGGCCGCCAGCGUCACCGCGCCUUUCUCUCGCGGCAAUGUCACUAUCAACAGUACGAACACCAGUGACCAUCCCAUCGUCAAUCCAGCUUGGAUCACUGACCCACGAGACAUGGAGGUCUUCAUUGCGGCUUUCAAGCGCGUACGCGAGCUGUUCAAGACCGAGUCCCUGAAACAGAUCUUGAUUGGUGACGAGAUCUACCCGGGCGCCAAUGUCACCACCGAUGCCCAGAUCGAAGCCAGUAUCCGCAGAAGCGUCAGCACGGUCUAUCAUCCAGCUUGUACGUGCAAGAUGGGCGGAGAUUCUGAUCCGAUGGCGGUGUUGGAUGGGAAGGCACGAGAUGGCAGUGGGAUGUCCAGAACCUCGCCCAUCUGGACGGCGUAUCAAACCCUCCUCAAAACUGGUCGGCUGCAACAAAAUGCCGAGCAAGCAGCUCUGGCGACUCAUCUAGGACAGCUGCAGGACAAGCUCGUUCAUGGCAGGCGGUGGUCACGACUCAAACGAAAUGACUCCGAAAGUGGCAUAUACAUCUACGGCGGUGUCGGCACAGGCAAGUCUCGCAUCGCCGACCUCUUCGCCGCCACGCUACCACCAGAGGUCACCCGACGAAGAACUCAUUUCUUCGAGUUCAUGACCGACAUUCACCAACGGUUGCAUGUCGCACGUUCCAAAUCAAGCUUUGCCGGCGAUCCCUUGGUCGAGAUCGGAAGUCAAAUUCAAAGCGAGUCAUGCGUACUCUGCCUAGAUGAGUUCCAAGUCAGUGACAUCGCAGAUGCCAUGAUCCUGAAGCGCUUGUUUGGCUCUUUCUGGGACCGCGGUGGUAUCAUGGUCUCCACCAGUAACAGGCAUCCCACAGAGUUGUAUAAGAAUGGUCUCAACAGAGCCCUGUUCGUGCCAUUCAUCCAGGAACUGCAGCGGCGAUGUGUCAUCUUCGAGAUGAAGGGACGGCAUGACUACCGAAUGCAUGGCAAGAAACAGCUUUCGCGACCGGAUGUCUUCUUCUUGGAGAAGGAGGACUUCCGCAGGUCGUUGGCCGAGGCUCUGCAUGGCUCGAGACUGCAGUCCUUGAGCAUUCCAGUCGUGAUGCAGCGAAGCAUCGUGGUCGAUGCUGCGUGUCCAACUGGCAGUUCAUCCGCAUCGUCAAGGCUUGUCGUCUCGAGCACGUUUGCAGAACUAUGCGAGGCAUUCGUCGGUGCUACAGACUACCACGCUUUGUGCAACGCAGCGUCCACGAUCUAUCUAUCUGGUCUUCGGAAGUUCCGAUCGGACGAGCUGGACGUGGUCAGGAGGUUCAUCACCCUAAUCGAUGUGGCCUACGAGGCACGCACGCGUGUCUUCUGCCUCUCGACGGAGCCGAUAUUGAACACUUUUGAGAAUAUUCUCCUUCAGGGCGGAAUCGUCAAGGACAAUAACGACGGGGACCGGGCACCACAAGCCGAUGCGUUGGCAAAGAUGCGUGGUGCGCUGAAAGACCAAAAUCUGACAGUCAAAGGCGAAGGAGGAAGCAGCUCAAGCAUGAUGAGCACAUUCAUCAACGAUGUCGAAUGGAGUGCAACGGGGCUUCAAAAGGCAUCUCUGGCUACUGGCGGAGCUGGUGAGACCGAUGUGAGGUUCGCUAUCACGAGAGCGAUUUCUAGGUUGUCUGAAAUGAACUCGGAUGGAUACGGGGUCGUGGACUGA